AUGCUUGUCAUACAACUGCUCUUUGCUUUGGCCAGUGCUGCACGCAUGGAUACCGACGCUGCGGCAGGAUCCCGCGCAGACUUGUGUGAUCGUUGGCUGUUGGUCCAGUAUGAGGACGGCAACGAUGGUGCCAACUCCUCCGAAGACGUUACGCGUGUGUUCGGCUCCUUCCGGUACCUCGCGCAGGAAUGGAAUGGUGAGCGCGAGGUGGUCUUGGCCAAAAAGCAGCUGCCCAAUGGUUGCACCAAGACGUACGUGGCCAACUGUGAGCAGGGCGGCUUCAUCAAGAAGGAGGAGUGCCCUGGCCAGGAGCCUUCCCUCACCAGCAAGUGCCUCGGUGGCUUCGGCUGCCUCUGGUACAGCCGAAAGACCGACCUGGAGAGCGGGGAAGUUGCCACUGUUUUUGAUCCAUUGGAGGGCCAUCGCCAGAUGUCGUCCGGGAAGGUGAUGUUCUCCACUUUGGACCCGCACAGGGGCGUGGCCUUGGAGCGCAUUGCUCGAAAUGGCUGGAAAGCCGAGUGGGGCUGCUAUUGCUGUCAACACAGCUACAGUGCGCUGUCGAACCCCUUCUCGUUUUCAAGCGGCCGGGUGGCGUGGAGUUCUAGGAGCGGCGGCCUGCAAGAGUGCAUGCUGGCCUGGCGCAUGAUUGGCAACGGCAUGAACCACGAACAGCCCGCCGACAGCAGCGUGCUGGGAGUCCUGGCCUUGAUCCCGGAGUUCGUGGGGACGUUUCUGGACAUCUUCUUCACGGGCACCGUGGCCCGGCACCUCGCCUGUUCCGCCACCUGCACCUUGCGGGAGGCCAAGUUCGAGCCCAACAAGUACUCUUACACCAAGAUUUCCACAGAGUUCGACAAGUACUGA